AUGCCCUUACUUCAGGGCCCCUUUGUCCGCUGUCGGCUCAGCGCUACGCUCCUCGUGCUCUGGCUCGCCUUCGCUGGCUUCACCUGCACUGGCUCCGAGCACGUCGCCACAGCAACACUUCCUGCCGCCUUCUCGGACCUGUUACCUCACUUCCUGGUGGAGCCGGAGGACGAGUACAUCGUGAAGAACAAGCCGGUGACGCUGACCUGUCGCUCCACCCCGGCCACGCAGAUCUACUUCAAGUGCAAUGGCGAGUGGGUUCACCAGGACGACCACUUGAUUGAGCGGACGGUUGACCCAGCCACAGCGCUGCCAGUCAUGCAGGUGACAAUUGACAUCACCAGACAGCAGGUGGAGAAGAUCUUCGGUCUCGAUGAGUACUGGUGUCAGUGUGUCGCCUGGAGCACCACCGGAACCCAGAAGAGCCAAAAAGCGUACAUCAGAAUUGCUUACCUGAGAAAGAACUUUGAGGAGGAGCCGCAGGGUAAAGAGGUGGCAUUGGACCAGGAGGUGUUACUGCGCUGCCACCCCCCUGAGGGAGUGCCACAAGCCGAGGUGGAGUGGCAGAGAAACGAGGAUGUUGUCAACCCGGCGAGCGACCCCAAUUUUUUCAUCACGGCUGACCAUAAUCUCGUCAUCAAAAAGGCCCGGCUGGCGGACACGGGCAACUACACGUGUGUGGCCAAAAACAUCGUCGCUCGCCGCAAAAGCACCUCCGCCACGGUCCUAGUCUAUGUCAACGGCGGCUGGUCCACGUGGACCACCUGGUCGUCCUGCAGUGCUGUGUGUGGGCGUGGCUGGCAGAAGAGGAGUCGGAGCUGCACCAACCCCACGCCACUGAAUGGAGGCACAUCCUGUGAGGGGCAGAACGUCCAGAAAAGUGCCUGCGUGGCCACCUGUCCAGUGGACGGAGGCUGGAGCGAGUGGAGCAAGUGGUCGGCGUGUGGUGCAGACUGUUCGAUGUGGAGGAGCAGGGAGUGUACCCAGCCCUCACCUGGCACUGGGGGCAAAGACUGCCAGGGCCUCGACCUCCAGUCUCUCAACUGUACCAGCGAGCAGUGCCCACAGACCGCGAGCGGGGCAGAGGACGUGGCUCUCUACGUGGGCAUGGUGGCUGUGGCGCUGUGUCUGACUCUGCUGCUCAUCGUCGUGGUCCUGGUCUACCGGCGCAAGAAGGAGGGCCUGGAUGCAGACGUGGCGGACUCCUCCAUCCUCACCACUGGCUUCCAGCCCAUGGGCAUCAAGCCCAGCAAGCCAGGUGUGUGGGCACCGCGGCCACGCAGGCCUCCCCCCCACAGCAAGAAUUCACAUUUGCUCACCAUCCAGCCGGAUCUAACAACCACCACCACCAGUUACCAAGGUACCCUGCGCUCUCGCCACGAUGCCACCGGGAAGUUUUCAAUGACCAACGGGCCUCUGCUGGACCCGCUUCCCAACGGCUCGCAUACAUUGCACAACGGAAAGCUUAACUCAGACCCGGCUGAGUUUGUGAGCAGGCUGUCCACUCAGAGCUACUUUAAAACGCUGCCCCGCGAUGUAGCUAACACCUCCUACGGGACCUUCAACUUCCUGGGAGGGAGGCUGACGAUCCCCAACACAGGAAUCAGUCUGCUCAUUCCUCCCGAGGCCAUCCCCAGAGGAAAGAUCUAUGAGAUUUAUCUCACUGUUCAGAGGAAGGAAGAUUUAAGGUUACCCCUGGCCGGCUGCCAGACCCUGCUCAGCCCCGUUGUGAGUUGUGGCCCUCCGGGGGUGGUCCUGAGCCGGCCAGUUAUCCUCAGCAUGGACCACUGCUCUGACGCAUGCCUCGAUAACUGGGCCAUCCGCCUCAAGAAGCAGAACUAUGAGGGCGCUUGGGAGGACGUCCUGCUGAUGGGGGAGGAGCUGGUGUCGGAGCCAUAUUACUGCCAGCUCGAGGCCGAGACGUGUCGGCUUUUCUCGGAGCAGCUGGGCACCCUCGCCCUGGUGGGAGAGUCCCUCCACAUGGGCGCUGCCAAGCGCCUGAGGCUGGUGCUCUUCUCCGACUCGUACUGUUCCACGCUGGAGUACAACAUCAGGGUCUACUGCAUGGACGACACACAGGACGUCUUCAAGGAGGUGAUGCAGAUGGAGCGGCAGCUCGGGGGUCGGCUGAUUGACGAGCCCCACGUCCUGCUUUUCAAAGACAGCUACCACAACCUGCGCCUGUCCAUCCAUGACAUGCCCCAGGCGCACUGGAGGAGCAAGCUGCUAGCCGGCUACCAGGAGAUCCCAUUCUACCACAUCUGGAACGGUUCCCAGCGGUACCUCCACUGCACGUUCACUCUGGAGCGGCUCAGCCUCAGCACCUGCGAGCUCACCUGCCAGCUGUGCGUGUGGCAGGUGGAGGGGGAGGGACAGAGCUUUAGCCUCGACUUUAACAUCGCCAAGGACACCCGAGCCGUGGAUACUGAGUUUUUGCUAAUCGACAGUAACGCCACAGCUCUGGCAGGGCCCAGCGCCUUUCAGAUCCCGUACCUCAUCAGGCAGAAGAUCUGCAGCAGCCUGGACGCCCCCUGUCCCAACGGAGCCGACUGGAGAAUGCUAGCACAAAGACUUAAACUUGAGAGACACAUGAGUUUCUUUGCAUCCAAAGCGAGUCCAACCUCUGUGAUCCUGGACCUGUGGGAGUCGCAGCAUUUCCACAGCGGCAACAUCAACCAGCUGGCCACGGUCAUGGCCGACAUUGGCAAACAGGAAGCCAUGAUAUUCCUGGUCUCUGAUGGCGAGUGCUAACCCAGAAAAGGGGGGAGAGACUGGUGCAGAGGAGAAGUACAGAACACACAAACACAAACAAAAAAAAAAAACCACCAACAGUAACUGCAGCAGGAAUCGAAGAGCAGAGCUGUCCCAAUGUCCCUCUUCUUCACUUCAGACGAUAGUAAAGAGUUUAUGCUGGAGUGAGUCCCUAGUUCCCAUCGAACAGUAAAAAAUCUUUAAACAGACCAAAUGAGGAAAAAGGAAGAGUCUGGGUGUGUGGGGGAAUGUAUCCACGAACUCCGGAAAAGAAAAUACCCUUUAUUUUCCAUCAAAGAUUGAAGUUAAAUUAGUCCACACCAUGGCUCUACCUUAAAGAUUACAUCAAAUUAACUACAUGCCUUUUAUAUAAAUAGCCCACUUAAGGCUAAUAAGGAGCAAUAUGCAAACGUAAUGCUAUUACUAAUGGCCACUAUUGCAAAUUCACUGAAUCGUGUUUGAACCUAGAAAACUGUAUGAGAUGAGAAGGGAUGUGACGAAAGGUGCCGUCACUUCAGGUUCAAGAGAACAGGCCACAUAUGCAACUGGCAGGUUUGCUACAUGACUUUAUCUCAGACACUGAGCACAUUUUCAACAAGGUCAUCAGGGUCUGCGAGCGCCCCCUCCCGGCCACACCCCAAACCCAGUCACACUCUACAGAUGUGCGUCUCAUACGUGUCGUUAUCUCGUUCCUACAACACACACACACACAGAUGAAGACAGCUUGUAGCACAUCCUGGACUCGCAGGUUUAAAAUAGAUUGUAUGUCAGAGGCCCAAAACCCCGUCUCAUCUUGUUUGUGUGUGUGUUUUGUUUUUUUUUAAGUCCAGCCGGUAUCACUACUGUGAAUGUAACAUCUUGACAUCUUGAUUCUGCAAGACGCUUCGCAGCUUUCCUGCUUCUAAAUCAAUAUAUGUGGGGUUUGGGUUCUUUGAACUUUUUUGAGGGAGGAGUGAGUAAUAUCUUCACUAAAGUCAUACUUCAGAAGCCAUCUCUAUGGAAAGCCUGUGAUUUUGAUCCGUCCAGUUUCUUUCACGUCUCGCAUUACCCCGAGCGUUCAUCGUGGCGUUUUCCCGUUUCGGAUUCACAGCUAAUGAAGGAGCCAUAGGGCCGUGAGGCGUCCCAGCUGCAUGUAUGUGAACACCGAAUGUCGUCGAUGCUCAUUUCAAAAACGACAUUUUCCUCCUGAUUACAUCGAUUCUGUAGCAGAGAGGAUGUUUAACAUAAAAGCGUGGCCAAGAGGGUUAUUAUCCCGUGUGAAUAAUGCAGAGCACUUUCCCACACAAGAUCUGACAACAAAUUCUUCAAAAUCCUUACCAGGUUACUCACGUCGAAGGGUAGCCGUGCAGCUUUGUUUGUGUAAUUCAGAAAGCAAUGUUGGUGGGAAUUCUAUAUUUGCUGUGUGGCAAACAGUAUUUCCACAUCAGAGAAACGCCUGUCUCUCAGAGAACGAGUGGCUUAUACAUAAUGUCACGCCUCUGCUCACAAAAAAAGCUUUGAAAGGGUUUUUUUUU